GGAACUGUGCGGUGGUCCUACGACGACGGCUCGCUACACAGACACCGAUACCGAUGUGGCCAAGCUGACGAUCAAAAAGACGGAACUGAGCAUUAACCUCAUCCCGUUGGCAGACGAUUUCGGUCGACUGUCGUGUGACGAUCGUGGGUUGAAGCGGCUCGACGGUAAAGAUCUCGCUUCGAACCGCAACUCGGACAUCGAAACGAUCGUCGAAGAUCCGGUGGCGGAACACGUCGAGAAUGUAGAGAAUCCUUCUCCUCCUUCACCUCCUCCUCCCCCGGCCGAUGAGCAACAGGCGACAGUGACGAUGAAGGUGAACCCCGCCCAGGCCAGCAUCAACGUGAGGCAAGCAUCGGAGAUGGAACUGGUGGAACCACCGGUCGAGGAGGGUAUUCCGAUUACGCCCUGUUCACUGUCGAAAGAUGACGAAUGUUUACAGCAGGCCACAACCUGCCUCAUCCCGGUGCCGGUCUACGAUUGUGUGGUGAGCGAGUGGAGCACGGCCAAACCGUCGGAACAGUGGAUCGAUGCAUCGAUGACGGAGUACGGCAAGUUCCAGGAUUGUCUCGGUAGCAUCAAGGAGGUGAACGAGAGUGCAAUCGUGGACGGGCUGCCGACCGCGCCAUCGGCAUCGAUGCCAGAAUCAUCUUCCUCGAUCGAAGAGGAAGAGGAAGUGGAGGAUGAUGAGUCGGAACUGCCAGUGGAGAAGAUCACAAUCGCGAGGCCACCGCAAAUUAUCGAGCCCCUCGAGAGUGUCGAUCUGUCGGAGGAUGUCGAUGGCCUCUUCUGUACACCGCCCGUUUCGAUCAUCUGUACCGAGCCGGAAAGCAACGAGUUCACGACGAUUGUCGAUGGUUUAGGGGGAGGUGGCAAUGGUGGUGGUGGUACAACUCCCGGUGUUAGCACCGGCACCCAGCACAAGGUUUCGGUCGUGCUGGAUGAUGGCAGCGAGGUAGUGGAGGUGGUCGAGGUCCGGAAACGGCACAGUAACAACGAGGAUGCCGGUGGGGACACGCCCAGCAGUCGCCAUUCGAACGAGAUGGACGAGAAGCGACGGCUAGAGUCACGGAAGUCGCGCCGGAAAGGUAUCUACAUCCAGUGGCCGGCGAUCGACGGGAAUGGGAGUGAACUGGAACCGGAUGGCACGGGUGGAGAUGGCACCGUGCUAGUCGCUUCACCAUCAUCGGUCACUGGGUCUGCUUGUGAGGAUCGACCGGCCACCAGCUGGACGCAGAAGGUCCGCAACGAGAAGGAUUCCAGUUUGGAGCUGAGCGGUGAAAGUUUCACCGAUUUAAGUGGCCGUGAGGAUGGUGGUGGUAGUGGUGGUGGUGGUGGAAUGAUGAAAGAUGGUACGGAACGGCCGGACACCUACUCACCGGACGGUCGCUAUCGGCUCGAUCCGACGACACCGGAUUCGGACACCGGAAGGAGCGCACCGGUUUGGCCGGUAAAAGGUGACGCCACGUCCAGCCAUCGGCGACAAAGUUUGACGUAUCAGAGCUCGGACGAGAAGGACGAUACGUUACCGUUAACAUCGGCAUCCGCGGCUCCGGCCGGUGUCCGUUCGCUCAAGUCCGUUUUCCUGCGCUCGGACUCGGUGUCGGAUUGUGAGAGUGAUCGUGCGUCGUCCCGUGAUCGUACCAGCGCUUCACCGGCGCCGGGUGCUGGCACCGAGGCCGAUCUGAAGCGCUACUCGAAACGGCCCCUCCGGGGCCCGUACGGUCAGAUGCUGGAGGCGGAGAUGAAGAAACCGACGGCCAAGGUGCAGUACAACGAGAUUCUCGAGGAGCUGACACGCAACGAAAGCCAUGGAUCACUGACGAGUGUGUCGACGACGAGAAGCCGGGGCGGUGCCGGUAGUCAAUCGAUGGAUGAAACGAACGAUCGGCACACCGGUGGUGGUAAGGCGUCGGGAAAGCCACGGAAAACGAGUGCCAAUCUGCCGGUUCCGACGCACGUCCGGACCGCUUCCAGCCCCUCGAAACUGUCCGACUCAUCGUCACACUCGACCGGAGGUGGCUGUGGUGGUGGUGGUGGUUCCGCUGCAUCCAGGCGACACCUUAGCCACAUCGAGCAGCGUAGUACGGACUCGGAUCGAUCGGAAAAGUCUGGCAGUGGUGGUGGCGGUCCGGGGCUCGGUGGCAAAAAGUUCUCACUCGAUAGUCACCAUCAUGCGGCGUCGGAGAAGAUUUCGAAGCGGGCCUCGGAAGGUAGUGGAGGAGUGCAGCUGCACGAGAAGCAUCAUGGUGGCGGCAGCAAACGCAGUUGCUCGAGUGCAAGCGAUAAACAACCGAAGCGUAGCCUGGACGAGGUUGUACGAUUGUCCCAGAACAGUCGCACACCGUCGGAACGCAGCAUCGGAACGCUGCAAACGCCCGAGAUGCUCGGAACGGCGAAGGGAAUGUCCGCUUCACCGGAGCUGCUGGCCGAGUUGCUGAAGGGAUCGAGUGAGAAGCUGAUUACCGAGCAGCUAACGACGGCGACGGCAACACCGACAACG